ACACCACCCCGUCAAUUGGACCCGAUCAACCCCGCUGGGAUCGUUCACCAUGUCCGCUCCCUCCCUCGCCAGCUACAUCGUCAAGCGCCCCUUCCUCAAGCGCUGGAUGAUGCCCAUUGCCCAGUGGUACACCGAUGCCUCUGGUUACAGGAGACUCGGCUUGAAGGCUGAUGACCUGAUCCCCGAGGAGAACGACGUCGUCCAGAAGGCCCUUAAGCGUCUCCCUCCCAAGGAGGCCUACGACCGUGUCUUCCGCAUCCGCAGAGCAUUCCAGGUCCGUCCCAUACCGAAGCCAACUACAGAAUAACACAAAACUAAUAUUAUAUGCGCAAAAAUAGUGCUCCAUUUCCCACACCCUUCUUCCCGCUGCUGAGCAGACCAAGCCCGAGGAGGUGAGUCGAAAUCCCGCGUUCUUCCAACCCGUUCAGUUUCUCCGCAAAAACGCAUCGGCCAAUCCCGUGAGCGGGAUUUGUAACCCACCUGGGUUUACUCCAUAUCGAUGCAUAUGUUGACUAGACUUGAUAUAUUGAUGUUUUGUUAUGAUAUUCGUCGCGUUUGAGACUCAUAUUUUCAUGUGGUGGAUGCUAACUGUCGUCCCCUAGGAUGUCGAGUACCUGAGCCCCAUCAUCCGCGAGAUCGAGAAGGAGAAGCAGGAGCGCGAAGACCUCGACGCCCUUGUCGUCAGACGGUAGAUCAUGCCUCUGGUUUCGCUGAAC